AUCACGCAUUUAUCCCAUCCAUCUCUGUUAACAGGACUUCAGGGACUAGGAGGAAACUCCGAGGGGCCCACCUGUCCUUGUCUUUGGGCAAGACUUCCCCAGCCCAGAAGUAGCUGUGAAGAGCGGAAAGGAUGGGCUGGCUUAGCUCUCUGACCUCGAUGCGGAUGGUGACAGUGGUGACCUAUUGGGUCAUCAUAGCUGCAAACACUGACACCUCGGAAGCAAGAAGCUGCAUUGACUGUCACAGCAAUGCCACCUGCUUGGAGGAUGGGGCGGCCACAACGUGCUCCUGCCAGGACGGCUUCACUGGCGACGGCUUAGUGUGCGUGGACCUGAACGAAUGUGCCAUUCCUGGGGCCCACAACUGCUCCGCCAACAGCAGCUGCGUGAACACACUGGGCUCCUAUACGUGCGUCUGCCUCAACGGCUUCCGCCAGACACCUGGGCUCGGCUGCAUCGACGUGGACGAGUGCGCUGAGCCGGGGUUCAGUGGCUGCCACGCCCUGGCCACCUGUGUCAACAGCAAGGGCAGCUACUCGUGCGUGUGCCCCGCGGGCUACUUGGGGGACGGGCGGCACUGUGAGUGCUCCCCAGGCUCCUGCGGGCAGGGGCUGGACUGUGUGCGGGAGGGCGCUGCGCACGUGUGCGUCGAUCCGUGCCAGGCGCACAGCAUCCUGGACGAGUACUGGCGCAGCAGCGACUACGGGACGGGCUACGCCUGCGACUCCCAUCUGAGCGGCUGGUACCGCUUCAUGGGGCAGGGCGGCGUGCGCAUGGCCGAGACCUGCGUGCCCACCCUGCGCUGCAACACGGCCGCGCCCAUGUGGCUCAACGGCACGCACCCAUCCAGCGACGAGGGCAUCGUGAGCCGCACAGCCUGCGCGCACUGGAGCGGCAACUGCUGCCUGUGGGACGCGCCCGUCCAGGUGAAGGCCUGUCCCGGGGGCUACUAUGUCUACAACCUGAGGGCGCCCCCCGAGUGCCAUCUGGCGUACUGCACAGAUCCCAGGUCGGUGGAGGGCACGUGUGAUGAGUGCAGCGUAGACGAGGAAUGCAAAUCGGUUAAUGGCAAAUGGCACUGCCAGUGCAAACAGGACUUCAACAUCACUGAUCUCUCCCACCUGGAGCGCAAGCUGGAGUGUGGGAUCAACGACAUCAAGAUGUCCCUGGGCAAGUGCCAGCUGAAGAGCCUGGGUUUUGAGAAGGUUUACAUGUACCUGCUUGACAGCCAGUGCUCGGGCUUCGCUGAGAGGGGCGACCGGGACUGGGUGUCUGUGGUGACCCCAACCAGGGAUGGCCCCUGUGGGACAGUGCUGACGACGAAUGAAACCCAUGCCACGUACAGCAACACGCUCUUCCUGGCCGAUGAGAUCAUCAUCCGCGACGUCAACAUCAAAAUCAACUUCGCCUGCUCCUACCCGCUGGACAUGAAAGUCAGCCUGAAGACCUCCCUGCAUCCAAUAGUCAGCUCCCUAAACAUCAGCGUGGGCGGGACGGGCAUGUUCACCGUGCGGAUGGCCCUCUUCCAGAACCCCACCUUCACGCAGCCUUACCAGGGCUCCUCGGUGACCCUGUCUACCGACGCCUUUCUCUACGUGGGCACCAUCCUGGAUGGGGGCGACGUGUCCCGAUUCGCACUGCUGAUGACCAACUGCUAUGCCACACCCAGCAGCAAUGCCACAGACCCCUUGAAGUACUUCAUCAUCCAGGACAACUGUCCACGCACCGAGGACUCAACCAUCCGAGUGGUGGAGAACGGGGAGUCCCCACAGGGCCGAUUUUCCGUCCAGAUGUUCCGUUUUGCCGGAAACUACGACCUGGUCUACCUGCACUGUGAGGUGUAUCUCUGCGACAACAUCAAUGAAAACUGCAAGCCGACCUGCUCCGGGACCAGAGUCCGCACUGGGGGCAGCAUAGACCAAAGCCGUGUCCUGAACCUGGGUCCCAUCUCACGGAAAGCUGUCCAGGCCGCAGUCUCGAAGGCUGCUUCCAGCAGCUUGGGGCUUCUGAAGGUCUGGCUGCCUCUGUUUCUGUCUGCCAUCUUGACCCUGAUGUCCCAGUGAUCAUCUGUGGGAAACCCCGAGCUCUGUGGCUACCACCUCACUUCCUGCUGGCUGCAGAGGCGAUGCAGGCUGGUGCCCCAGCCUCAGGAAAGGGAGCACACACUUCAGUCAGCCUGCUCCUGUUUUCUCUCCUUUAAUCUUUGCUAUCAAAAAACAGCCUGUGUCUCUAAAUGCUGCCUGCUCUCCAAAUGGGACUUAUGAUGUGUCUGUGUAUGAGGCCCCUGUCUCCUUAAAGAGUGUGGCAAAAUAAUAAUAAUCUUAAAAGCUCA